UACCAGUGUUUAUUCCACCUGUAAUUUCAUUUUUUCCCCUACUUCUAUUCCGUUGCUUAAAGAUCGUGUCACUCCUUUGAACUGGGCAUCUUUCAAACUAUGCUCACCAACCGCCUUAACCUCGUCGUUCUCUCUUCCCUCACAACCCACGUUCUCUCUCUCGCCGUCAAGAGAGCAGAACCCGAUCGGAGCAACGUCGUCGAGUUUGCAAAGAUCACCGACCCAACCCAAGAAUGUGCACCGUACUGGUACCCACCAUCUGACAACUAUCCUCAAUUCCCUACUACCUGGGGAGUCGCCAACAUAGUUGCUGGAGAUACCGCAGCUCAGAAUAAGUGGAAUGAAAUCAAGGGUAAGAUUCCCAAUACUCCACCCAAGGGCGUCAACGGCGACUUUUCGAAUGUCCAAUACGACAAUUCGAAGGAUCCUGAUUGUUGGUGGACCGCUACCGGUUGUGUUACCCCAAAGUUGGCUGGCAUUGCUCCUGACGUUGCGAGGAUUCCCGAGCCACUAUCCGUCGGGUACGGAUUCGAUGACGGCCCCAAUUGCUCUCAUAAUGCGUUUUAUGAUUAUAUGGUUCAGAAAAAUCAGAAAGCUACGAUGUUCUUUAUUGGAUCAAACGUCAUCAACUGGCCACUGCAAGCCCAGAGAGCGCUUUAUGAUGGCCAUGAAAUAUGUGCACAUUCGUGGUCACAUAGCUCAAUGACAUCUCUCAGUUCCGAGCAAGCCUUCGCCGAAAUUUACUACACCGUCCAAGCAAUCAAAUCCGUCGCUGGUGUCACCGUCACUUGUUGGCGUCCCCCUUACGGAGACACCGAUGAUCGUAUCCGAGCUAUCGUCAACGCUCUCGGUCUCAGCACCGUCCUUUGGCAAUACGACUCGGACGAUUGGAAAGGUGGAGCCCAGGUCGAUACGAAUUAUAAAACGUUUAUCGGGCAGGCUAAAGGCGGUGAAUUCAGUAAGCAAGGAACGAUCUAUUUGCAACAUGAGAUCGACGAGUUUACGAUGGGUAAGGCGAUGGAGUAUUAUCCGAGCAUGAAGGAUGCUUUCAAGUACAUGGUCCCCGUCGCAGUCGCACUGAACAAAACACACCCAUACGCGGAAGCGGAAGUCGAGUUCCCUACGUUUGACGAAUAUAUCUCGGGAACGGUUCGAAAACCUCUCCCGGAUUCUGCACUUUCGUACUUGGGCCUUACCGCCACGCCACCAUCCUCCGCUUCUUCCUCUCCGUCAAACUCCGCCACCGGCGCUUCCACCAGCACCAGCACCACGGCUAGCUCUGGAGCCUCGCCAUCCUCCCCACCUUCUUCGUCCCCUGUUUCUACUCCCACUGCCCCCGCAACACCAACUUCGACUCGGGCAGCUACAAACACAGUACCUCCAUCUACUCCUACGCAACCGUCGAAACCGAAACCUGGAAAAACGAUGCAAUCUUUUAUAAAUUGGCUGAUUGGAGGGCUUAAGCGGUGGGGGUUCUGAACGGUUGAUGCGCGCUUGCAGGAGAGAGAGAGAGUAGGGGGUAAGGAAACGAUCGGGUGGUGAGGGUUAGGGUGUGCGGAGAAUCAUUGGACACUUCACGUAGUUUCUUUUGUCUUUAAAACUUGCUCGAUAUCUUUAUACCUUUGGGAAUAUAUGGACUACUUGGAACCGUA